AUGGAAAAAGCUUAAGAUUAAUUAUAAAUUUAAUAGGGAAGUGAAAAUAUAAUCCAGCUGCAAUAACCACAAGAUGGCUUUUUAUACACUUGGGGGUUAAAUACUGCAGGUUGUUUAGCUAAUUAGAAUGAAGAUUAAGGAGAAGGUAUCCCUUUCAAAGUAAAAACCAACCAAAAAUUUAAAAGUGUUUCAACAGGAGGAUUUUUUGGAGCUGCAAUAUCUUCGAAGAAUGAAUUAUACACUUGGGGAGAAACAAAAAAUUCUAGAAAUGGACAUCAAGCAAAUAAAAAUUAUAUAUUAGUGCCUCAAAAAAUAAUGAAUCUUUAGAAUAUUUCACGUGUUUCUUGUGGAAAUUGGCACUGCUUAGCACUAAACAAUUAAAACUAACUUUAUGUGACAGGUCAUAAUAAGUAUGGAGCUUGUGGAAUAUCAGGGAUAGACGAGAUUAAUGGAUUCUAAUUGAAUGACACAAUAAAAAAUAUUUAGAUAUGUUCGAUAAGUGCAGGAGAUGGGUUUAGCUUAUAUUUGGAUAUUAACUAAUAAGUAUAUUCUAGUGGAUUUAGAUAAAUGCAUGGCAACAAAGAGGACUAACAUUAAUAUUAAAUAAAAAAAAUUAAAGAGCUUGAAGGUAUUGCAAUUAAACAUAUAAAUGCUGGUUUUUGUCAUUCUGCUGUAGUAACAUAAGAAAGAGGAGAAGUAUAUACCUGGGGAUCUGGUAAUUUCUACUAAUUAGGUCAUGGCAAUACAAAAUCGUAAAAAACACCUCUUAAAAUUAAUAAUUUGAGUGGAAUAGAGUAAGUUUCUUGUUCUAGGGGAGAAAAAUAUUGUCAUACAACUGCAACAAGCUCUGAUGGUAAAGUAUAUAGUUGGGGAAGUGGGUAUAAAGGCAAACUUGGACAUUAAAAUAGCUGGAGUCAUGAAGAUCCUGCAGAUGAAUCUCGCCCUAGACCUAUUUAAUAUUUAUAAGAAAAAGGUAUUGUAAUAGCUAAAUCCAUAUCUGGAGGUAUUCACUCUGCAGUACUAUCUUAAGAUGGUAGAUUAUUUACGUUUGGCUGUGGUUCAGAUGGUAGACUUGGCCAUAUUGAAGCUGAAAAAUAUGUUUAUUUAUAUAGAGAGCCUUUUCCUCGAGAAAUAUAAGGACCUUUUUUAAAUAAUAAAAUAAUAGAUGCAUGCUCAAGUUAUUAUUUUAUGGCUGCAAUAGCUGAAUCUUGAGACUUUUAAAAUAUGUUUUUUUAAAUUCUAAAAAGAUAGAUUUAUAAAAAUUACAUAAAGCUAACUAACUACCAGCCAAUUGAAAAUAAACAUAUAAAUCUAUAAAAUAUAAAUUUUUGAUUGAAUUCAAGACAUUAAUUUUUAGAUGAAAAAAUAAUCUUUCUUUUAAAGUAGAAUAAACAAACACGCCUUUCAAUGUAUGUAUUUAUUUAUUUUAAAAAUAUUAAAAUGAUAUUUAGUAGUUAUAUAAAAAUAAUUAAAAUGCAAACUUAUUUUAUUUUAACAUGAUUUAUGUUUGU